GCAAGGUUCGUCGGUCAGGAGUUUCCCGGGCGCCAUUUUUGAAUGUAGUCGACUCAGUUGGUGUCAGGAUGGGUACGGAGUGGCGGUUGUCCCUGGAAUAUGGGUGUCACGGGGCGGGUGGAGGAGCGGCGGGCGGUUCCCCCAACACGGAGAGGGCCAGAGCUAAGCCUCUGGCUGUUGCUGGAGCCGCGGUUUGUUGCCUAGAAAGGAAACCGCGAUAAAAUAUUGGGCCUGGUUAUAGGAGAGGGCCGUGAGACACGGGCGCCUCGUCACAGAGGUAUGCGGGUGCCAGUCGCCAUUGUCUUGAGGGGCGCUGGCGUCAUGCGUGUCUCCCCGAGAGUCAAGGGAAGGCCCGCAGCAGGGGCUGAGGGACGAACUGGUUAGAGCCACCUGCGGGUGAGAGACGGGACGGGAAGCCAACGCGGGUUGGCUGCGAACCUUUUUCCUCUGGGUUUAGGUAGGGUUGCCAUACGUCAACAAUUUCGCCAAAAAGAAAAGCUCAACAACUUUUGUGUCCGGAUUUUCACUUUUUGAAAUAUGUCAACUCUAGGUGAACUGGAAAUAGCAGGAUCAAAAGCCUAUCAGGAAGGGUGCGGUCUCAGAAAGUAUCUGCCUUCUAUGAAGGUAGUCCAAGCUCUUGGCGUGAAAGCCUUGUUGCCUCAUUUCCUUCCCCACUCUUCUGAUAGCCAUUGAUCUUGACUUCCAAAAGUCUGUCCUGGCCCAUGGAUGCUUUGAAUUAUCUCCCAGUGCACCUGCACAAUGCUAUCCUAUGUCCUUCAAAUGAAAAUCCCUCCUCCAACCCCGCCUUUGCUUUACUUGGCACACCGAUUCUCAUGCCCUAAUGUGCAAUGAAGCGCAUGUGAUUGAAACUUCUGCAUAUUGCUUCUCUUGUUUGUUUAAAAUGUUUUUAUUUCUUUAGCCAAAAAAGGCUCUUAUAGUGAAGUACAAAAGAUUGCUAACACUCCCUGCCCUCGGGUUUACAAUCUGCCUCCUUUAUUUGUUGUUUCCCUAUGUUGAAUAUUAGACUAUGUUCCUCGGGGACAUAGUCUUCUUGCACUAUAUUUGCCAUGUAUGUAAAUUGUGCUGGGAAUGAUAAUGCUGGGAAAGAUGAUUAGAUAGGUUUGUUCUUAAAUAUAAACAGCAGAUGCAAGGCCCCUUAGAGAAGCAAGGGCGUUUUCUGUUUAUCUCAGUGGAGCUGACACACCUGAAAAGUGAGAUCAGCAGCACACUGCAUAGUCUGCUUUGACUGGACCUAACCUUUACCUUUUUUUUACCUUUACCUGCACCACCUUGUAAGCAUGUUUACGUUUGCUGUCACACACUCUGGAAGUAUGCAACCAGGCUCUUUAGCCAUUUGGUUUACAAUGCAACAUUUUAUUUUAUUUUUUAAAUGAUAUUUAUUAAAAUUUCAAAAACAAAAAAUUAUAUAGUUAAAGAGAAAAAAAACAAGGAAAAAUAUAAAAAAAACAUACAAAAUACAAAGUACAGAAAAAAAUAAAAAUAAAAAAGAAACACUUAAAAACAAAUUAAUCCUUCCGUAUCUUACAUUUCAUUUCCUUGCUUCUCUGACCUCCUCUCACCUCCCUUUUUUGUAUUCCAGUUCAAUUGGUUAAUUCAGCAAUUCCUUUCCCUCUUUGUUUAUAUCUUAGUCCUUUAACUUAAUAUUUUAUGACUUUAGAAUCUCACCUAUUAACCCCAAUUUUACUUACACCUUUAUGACAUUGCUACUAGAAUCACUUAGUUUCAUUCUAGCAUCAUCUAACAUUCAUUAAUUUUACAAUAUUUCUGUAUAUAGUCUUUAAAUUUCUUCCAAUCUUCUUCCACCGACUCUUCUCCCUGGUCUCGGAUCCUGCCAGUCAUUUCCGCCAAUUCCAUGUAGUCCAUCACCUUCAUCUGCCAUUCUUCCAGAGUGGGUAGAUCUUGUGUCUUCCAAUACUUUGCAAUAAGUAUUCUUGCUGCUGUUGUGGCGUACAUAAAAAAAACCCCUAUCCUUCUUUAACACCAAUUGGCCGACUAUGCCCAGGAGAAAGGCCUCUGGUUUCUUCAAGAAGGUAUAUUUAAAUACCUUUUUCAAUUCAUUAUAGAUCAUCUCCCAGAAAGCCUUAAUCCUUGGGCACGUCCUCCAAAGGUGAAAGAAUGUACCUUCAGUUUCUUUACAUUUCCAACAUUUAUUAUCGGGCAAAUGAUAGAUUUUUGCAAGCUUGACUGGUGUCAUGUACCACCUGUAUAUCAUUUUCAUAAUAUUCUCUCUUAGGGCAUUGCAUGCCGUAAACUUCAUACCUGUGGUCCAUAACUGUUCCCAGUCAGCCAUCAUUAUACAAUGCAACAUUUUAAAUGACAUUUUAAAAUAAACCUUUUAGGUGGUUGUAGGGUGGUCCAAAAGGAUAAAAGAUUUAAAAUGAUAAAAUUAUUUUGGACCAAUUCAAGGUGGUGUAGAUGUUCCGUUAAAAUAUUGUGUACCAAUCUAAGAAGGUCCAAUAAAAUCUACAUUAAUAUUUUUUUAAGAGGAGUAUAUUAUGGUAGGUAUAUUUCAAAUUUUGUUUUGGUUUAUAAUGACUAGUCAUGCUAUAUUUACAUUUUAGGUGAUAUGUCCAACAAGAACUCAGCGGGGUCUGACACAGAAAGUGAACAUAAUUUUUAUUCUGACUGUUGGGAAGAAAGUCUUAUACAUAUCAACAAAGGUAAACUGAAGACCAAACAAAGGAGUACCUUUAUUCUAAAUUAUUAACUCUAUUAAUAGAUAAUUUCUAUUGUUAGUCAAUUUAUUGCUGGCAUUAUAAUGAUGGAUUCUGUUAACUGUUCUUGAAAACUAUAACUUUGGUGUGUUUUUUGUAAUGUUCAGAAAUAAUGUUUUUGAGUUGAUAGGUUUUCUUUUUUUUCCCCCAGACUCACUUGACUCUGACAGUGAAAGUGAUCUCUAUCUUCAUUCAAAUAGUCAGUGCAGUUUGUUUGAAAAAGAAGGAAAAAGCAAAUUGAAAAAAACUUUAUUGGUCUCAGAAAAGAGCUUUAGAAAAUACUGCAAAAACUGCCCCUUUCUACAACAUUUAGAGAACACUACACAGUUUCAAGUGGAAUUAUCUCCAGAAUCUAUAUUGCAAUUAAACUUUAACAACUGUCAGACAAAUGGUCAGUCAUCAAAAGCUUAUUCACCCAAAAUAUUUCCAGAUCUUGACAGGUCUUAUAGAGACCAUUUGUGCUUAAGUUGUAGAAUCCCUUAUGUAACGGUUACUAAGAAUUCAGAAAAAGAACAAACCUUUUAUACAAUUAAGGAAGCUUAUGCAUUUGAUAAGCUACAUCAAAAUCAUCCAUCAACUGAUUAUUAUCCCACUUCAAAGCAGAACAAAGCUGUGCAAGUUUCCUUUCCUUGCAAAGAAACAGAAGCUGAGGAAAAUGCUGUCUGUGAAUUUUUCAAACAAUCAGCAAUACAUUCUGAAGUAGAAGAGACACCAAACAAGAAAGCUAUAAUAUUUCACAGUACUGAAAGUAUUUUCAGUAAAAAGACAAAUUCUAAUGAACUGGUGAAAGACAAUUUUGAUUACUCUUCAGAAAAGCCUUAUAAAACUCACAGUCCCCAGACACCUGAGCAAAUCUAUUUGCACCCCAGUUCUGGAGAACUUGUUAUUUCUUUGGUAUUAGAAGCAGCAUAUAGAGAUCCAUCUGGUUCAUCACAAGGAGUUGGUAAUUCUUCAAAUGUUAGGGUAGGAAAAGAAGAUUCACAGAGGCAUGCUUUAGCUUUUAAAUUUAAAGGCCCGGAAUAUAACCAGUUGUUUAAGAAGUUGCGUAUUUCUAUUGUUCCAAGUUCUGUACAUUCAGAUACAGAGAAGGAAAAACAUAGUACACCUUUUAUAAAGCUGGUAGGGCUUUCACAAAUUUUGGUUGAUGAGUCCAGACCGUCUCUUGCUUCCCAUGCUGAAUCAUCUGAAGCUAGUCAGCCUCUGGCAACUCAUCCAGAGCCAUCUGAAUCCCGAAGCUUCAACAGUGAUUCUGACCAAGUGUUAUCUUCACUGGAACUUUGGUCUUCCAGUGGGUUCUUUCCAUCACUGAAACAUUCACACACAACUCAUUCUUCUCACUACUUUGUCCAAUCACUGCCAUGUUACAAGGUUACCCCUGUUCAUAGGACUACUGAAGUUCAGAAAGUUCAACUGAAGGCCUCCAGGCCUGUGAAAUCUGUUGUGUUUACCAAAAGCACAAAAGUACAGAAGGACAGGAAAUUGCGAACCAAACCUCAUACUUCCAAAUUUCAGUGGUCCAAGGCUUUGGAUACUGAACUUAUAAACCAAAAUCCUCAAGCAGCAGAAAUAAACAAACUGUAUUUUGUACCCUUAACACAGACUACUAAAUGUUCCUGCAGCCCAUUGCUUGAUUUAAGUGUUGAUUUGCAUUCUGAAGGAAAGUAUUCUGAAACGCUCCGAAGUGUUCACAGAAAAUAUUGCAAAAGAACUGGAGGUGGCAAAGUAACUCCUAGAUUUUCUUCCUGUUGCCUGCGAAAUCCAAAUCCUAGAAGCCGUUUUGAGAAUCUCCAAUAUAUUUCUCCAGGAAGAAAGAAAAGCAAUUCAAAGAUGCGAAACAUACUGAACUAUUGUUUAGGUUGGACUGGAGGACAGAAGCCAUGUGAAAACUGUAAAGGGGGCGUUUCUCCCACUCUGGAUAGUUCAAAUAUAAAGAGGAAUGAGAUAUGCACUCCACAUCCCCCAACUGAUGGAAAUUCCAUUGCCUCACUUUUUCCAGGUUCAAGGAAUAGUCCAGUUCCACUUCCUACUGCACUGUCUCUUUCAAAUGAGUGGAGGCAUUCAUCUGCUCCCUGUAUGCAAACUGAAAGAGGCACUUGGAGUCCUGCACUAUCCCAUUCUGAUGCUAAAUGUAGCAAUUCUCAUUCUCCUUGUUCAAAUAUUAAAGUAGUGCAGCUACCCAAGGAAAUGAAUAUGCUUAAAAAUAUAGGUAUGGAAAAAAUGGAUUUUGGAGCUCUCCAGAUGGCUGGUGGAGGCUUAGCCCCCAGGAAGCACUCAGUCUGCCCAUGUGGAACUAUGUCUCAAUGUGGCUUGUUCCCCAAUGGAGAUAUUUCAGAGUUGGUUAAGGAAAAAGCUAGAGGAAGCCCCAAUAUUAACCCAAGAGCCAAUAUGACUGAAUUCAGCAGGGUGAAUUCCCAUGCAGGAAUCUUCAACACACAGGAAGACUGCUGUGCUAGUUGUCAUUUCUCUCCAAUGUGUUAUUUUCAUGAUCCAGAAGAAGUGGCAAGAAAUCAUUUUACUAAAGUACAGUCCUUCUUUGAGAAUGGAUGUCCUAAGAAUUUGAGAGAAAAUGUUGUAGAGAGAAACAAGGCACAGAAAAGAGGUGAAAGAAAAAAUGUCAGCUUCCAUAUAGGACCGAGUUAUUCACAAAUGACAGGUACACACAAUGCAUCACUUUCUAAUUAUGGCUAUCAGGCACCUGUUUAUCACUCUGAAUGCUCAGGCUGUUCAUGCUGCCAGAAUAAAGAACAUCUUGACUUAAAACAUCAAGUGCUAAAGAACUGCUUAAACAGAGAGAGUGUUUUUCUAGUGGACCCUGGAAAGGGGACUAGAAGCCAGUGCAAAUGUUCCCAAGAAAUCCCACUUUUCUGUGUUGACCAAACUGAUAUGUAUAAGGGAAACAGGUGUGAUUUCCAUGAGAACAGAAUCUAACCUUACUCAGGUUUGUACUCGUUUAUAUAUUUUUUUAUAUAAUGUGUGGCUAUCAAGUUGGAAGGAUAUAGACGUACUGUACUUUUCUGAUCUGCAGUUAUUCCCCCCCCCCAAUGCCACUGAGAAAGUGGGUGCAAAUGAUGCUCACAAAAUUGCAUGUUUAUCUGUAGAAGAAAGGUUUUUUGUUUAGCAAACUAAAUAGUGAGGAGAACGUUUCCAUCCCAGAUUUCUCUCUGACAUGCUAGUUUUCUAUGGACUGGGAUUUUCUUUUCUUAUGGAAAAACAUUAAAUCUUGUGAACCCCCACCUGUAGCCCUAACACAGAUGUACCACUUCGGUGAAAAUUAGAUCAAAGACUUUAUGACUGUCUGUAAGGAAGUUCAUAUGCAUUUCUUAUUGAACUAAUAACUCUGCAAAUUGUGUUUUCUUAUUUGAACUUUUCUACCUAACAAUGAAGACCAGGACCUGAGUUUAACCUUAUCAACUAAGUUCCAGCUCAGAUUUUUAAUUUUAGUUAUGUGUUUCUCAUAUUUUACUAUUUGUAUUUGUUUGGAUAGCUUAUGAAUUGUCUCAGAAGUUUCAUAUUGUGGGGGCAAGGCUUAAUAAAUUGUUAAAAAACAGUUGGGCAAAUAUUCAAUGAAAGAUAAUUCUAGAACCAUCAGGCAGCCAUUGAGAAUGUACACUGUACAUGGUAUAAACUAUUACUGUCCAUAGUACAGAUGGCAUUCUAAAAAAAUAUAUGUUGCUAAUAAUGAAAUUAAGACUUAACUUAUUUUCUGCCAACGUAUCCAUUAAAAGUACUAAUUGGGAUUAAAGCAAAAGUGUGAGAACAGGGCAUGGGGAAUAGGUUUUAUUCCAAACUCCUUUCAGCUUGGUAACAUGGCCUUGCAAUCCAGCAGAACUUACACUUGCAACGUGGGUGCUGUUAAAAAAACCCUCAUUUUAAAGGCUUGAUUUCCCUCAGGCCGGCUUAGCCAGCGGAAACCCAACUCUUCAAUAGAGUUUGGAAUCCGGAUAAUUUAAAAUGGCCUAAUUUAAGAUGGCAUAAAUUCUGCUGGCUUCCUACAGAUUGCUCUGCCAAAGUUGCAUUUAACAUACAAUUGGGAGUCAAUAUUAAAAGUACACUGUAACUUUAAACAUACUUUUUGAUAUGAGCUGCUAAUAAAAGAACCCAAUGUAUUCCUCUGUGUAAAGGUAAAGGACCCCUGACCGUUAUGACUCUGGGGUUGCGGCGCUCAUCUUGCUCUAUAGGCCGAGGAAGCUGGCGUUUGUCCGCAGACAGCUUCUGGGUCAUGUGGCCAGCAUGACUAAGCCGCUUCUGGUGAACCAGAGCAGUGCAUGGAAAUGCCGUUUACCUUCCUGCUGGAGCGGUACCUAUUUAUCUAUUUGCACUGCGUGCUUUCGAACUGCUAAGUUGGCAGGAUCUGGGACCAAACAACAGGAGCUCACCCUGUCACAGGGAAUCGAACUGCCGACCUGAUCAGCAAGCCUUAGGCUCUGUGGUUUAGACCACAGCGCCACCCUAGGCAGUGACAAAUAGGACAGUUACCUGUCUGAAGGUAGCAGAUAUUUUUGUUCAUCUCUCACUUGUGCUGUUUAUUUUUAUUAGGGAUCUUCACAAAUUAACCAAGGAUGGAAAAGGCUCGAUGGAAUCCACAAACGCUGUAAAAAAAAGAAGUUGGUACAGUUGUUUUCAGUGACAAGUCAGUGGUUUAAAAAAACGAAAUGUUGACUUUUGUUGGUAUGUGCUUUGUAGUGAAUAUCAAUAAAUGAAGACCCACAAAGGACAGUCACAAUGGGUUGUAGCCAAAUAGUGACAUAUGCAGCUCACGUUGAUACUGCAUCACAGUUUCCCCACCAAGCAAAGAAGGAUAAACUGUUUGGUAUAUGAGGAAAAUAAGAGUGCUUCUAAAUUGUUGCUGUUUUGGAUUGUGGUCCAGUUCCAUAAUGGGAAAUUCAGGUUACACAACUGAAAUUUAUUUGGCAUUCUAGCAUAGCAACCUUGCUUUCUCCCAGAAUUGGACUUUUUGUCAUAAUGAAAGUGACUGAAAAAUGCACUGGAAAGUGUGGAUAAUGCUUGAAACAACACAGUCUGUUAUCUCCACACAGAUCAGAAUGAAUGCUCAAUAAAUAAUGUCUAACAUCCCUGCAAACUUUGUGCAAACAAAUGAGGAUAAAAUCUCAGUGAGCAAGUUGCCUGGAAGGAACUUUAAAUUUCAAUCCUACGCCCGUUUAUGGAGGAGUAAGCCCCAUUGAAAUCAAUAGGACUUGUUUCUACAAAGAUAUGUGUAACACUGCACUGUUAGCAUCAUAAUAAUACAUAUUGUUUAUGGUAAAUUGCAGAAGUAUAUAUGAUAUUAGUCUAAUACAGCAAAAGCAAUGAAGUGUUGUGUGAUAUCUUGAAGACUAGCAGAUUUUUGGCAUACACAUUAGGCAGGGAUAACGCCCCUGACCGUGGCUGGAACUGAUGAGAGCUUGGAGUGCAACUUUAUAUUUGGCUGCUCCUAGAUUAGAGCCUACAAGAUCAUAUUUUCUUUAGUUCUGUCCCAAAUAGUUCUGUGGACUUAACUCUCCUUGAAAGCAUGUUCUCCCUAAACAGGAGUAUUGGAUGUAAAGCUUUUUACCUCUGACCUGCCAGUGAAAUGCUGUCAAGCAGCAGUUUGGCAGUCAGUGUUUCCUUCUGUUUUCUCCAGUGCUCCCUGCCAGUCUGCAUGUAAGAUUCAUGUGACUAUUUUCACUAGUUAUGAAUGCCCAGUUCAUGAAUCCUGAGUCUCAUGAUCAUUUUUUGUAUCAUCAAGUAGAUGUGCAAGUAGACUUUUCUGCAUUACCUUGUAGCACCCACAUGAUGGCAGUAUAUGAAGGCAAGACCCCCAUCUUUCAGGAUUAUUCUUCAGUAUUUACAAUAUUAUUUGAAACUUUCUCUUUUUCUUGUUUCAGUCGCUAAACUUUAUAAUCUGCACACUGUUCCUGUAAGAUAGCUUUACUCAAUUAGCUUUGCAGGAGACCUGAGCUUAAUAGAAGAGAUUUUGUGGCAUUACCAGUCUAUGCAGAUCAAUGUAGCUAGUAAAUUCACUUGGUCAUGAAUGAUAUAAACUGCAGCUGAUGUGCAUGCUUAUGCAUUAGCUUUUCCGGGUCUAGGAUUCAGUAUGGUUGAAAUUCAAUUUUUGUAACUAGCUGUGACUAAUCAAUUGAUUCACAUCACUUCACUAUGAUCCUAUUUAGGUUUACAGUGUGAUAAAAGUGGAUGUUAUGGACUGAUGGUUUCAGCUGUUCUGUUGAAUUUAUACUCUUUUGCUGAGUUUCUGUUUAAAUCACUAGUUACUUAAAGGAAUGUGAAGCUAUGGAUGGAGAGAUCAGUUCAGCUCUUAUCUAUGUCGUUUUCACAGGUGAUCAUUCAUUAUUUGUCCGCGUUCAUCUGUAUUUUUAAAAAAAUGCAAUGAAAAUUUGUAUUCAAAUAUCUAUUUUCUCAUAUUACACAUUUCUAAAUGUAUUUUAUCUUCAAAUAGGCAUUUUCAUACAAAUUUUGGUGUGCCUUUUGAGCUGAGAUCUGUAUUUCUACAUUCAGAGAAGUGUGAAAUGUCAUAGUGAAUGUGCAUUCCACAUGCUCAUAGUGUCUGUCCUUUAGUUUGGAUAAAUAUUAUUAGAAUUUACAACACUCUUCUGUUGACAUCAUCAUUAACAUGGUCUCUUUGUUAUGGUUGAUUGGUCACAUUGCCACUGCCCCCCAAAAAAACUUGAUGAAGGGUUGCUCUGUUGUUUUGCUUCAGCUACUCUAGAGUCGUUCGUGAUCUUAUACAUAACAGAUUCUCACUAAACAACCCAUACACCGUCCCAAUCAUUUGAAAUCAUCUGCUUUACCUCUGACUGGUAAAGUUUCACUCACACACUUUGAAGUUAGUUUUCUCACUCAGUCAUAAAGGUAGAAACUUGUGAAGAAGGAGGAGGAGGAGGAGGAAAGAUUCUCAGGGUGCCAUAUUCACAUCAUGUCCUUGCCAGAUUCUACACUUGGAUAGAAUCAUAGAAUUAAAAUAGCACUAUACUUAGAUUUAGGAUUACAAAUUAUUAUCAGAACUGAAUAGGGUCAAAAAGCCAUCUAAUUACAACCACACAAAGCCCAUUAAGGCAGGACCAUUUAUCCUCCAGAUCUCUGCCACCGACUACUUUGUUUACAAUAUCCAGACUACACAUGGUAAAAGAGAACAGGCACGCCAGAAAAAACACUUGCAGAACACUCUACAGGGUGAAGGUGAAAAGUAAAUUAGAUCCCUUCUCAGAUUUCUUCUGAUUUUUAAGUUUUCAGGGUGGUUUCAUAAUAUGAACCGCCUAAGUUUCUAAAAAUUUAAACACUGUAAUAUUAAAAUUCUCUUAUUUAUGCCGCAGUCAAAUAUAUUUACCCUGGGCAGCUAUUUCAGUGAACUUUACUGUGUGCUUAGGACAGCAGCAUUAAUCAUCCUGUUGAUAAUUCAAUAUAGCAGAGGGACACACUAAAUCUGCUCUUCUGGACAAGGGAAGAGGUGGUUUGGAUACUGGAGGGACAGAAGUGAUAUCUUUGUCAUAGGAAGACUACAAGCAGGUAAAGUUUGAAUUUACAGUGCCAGGCCUCCCUUUGUAGGGAUGGAGGAACAAUUUGAAUGGUCAGCUGCCAGAGACUUAUGGAAUCUGAUGGAUUUCUGAAUGUGCUGGGGGAUUUUUCAGUAGCCAAAGCUGAUAAACCUGUAGAAGCCUAUACCUCGUUUAAUAUGAUGGUGAGGAUCUAUUGACAAAAUCGCUCCAGAUUACGCAGGUUUUGAAGAUGGAUCUAUUUACACAGGCAUUCUCAUCUUUUAGUUUCUCUUUUAGUUGCUGUGCUGGUCUAAUGAGAUGGUUUUCCAGAUAUUUUAAUCAUGGAUAUUUAUCUUUUAAUGUUUUAGUGGGAUUUUAGAGGGGGUUUAGUGAGAUUGUUUUAUAUAUCAUGGUAUAAUUAUUGUGUAUUUUUAUUAUUGUAUUUUUUAAGAAUGUGCAAUUGGUGUUUGUUUUAUAAACUGUUUAGAAUCUGUCUGGUCAUAGAGUGGUAUAUAAAUUAAUGAAAAAGAAGAAGAAGAACGUACUAUGGGCUGUACACAACCAUAGAGUUUAUCCUUAGAUUGCCCAUCCUGCUGCUUGUUGGAUUGCUCAGCCUGGACAACUUUUAAUAUUGUUACCCAGAAAACAGCAAUCAUGCUUCUGUCAUGCUGACAGCUAAAGUAUAUGUUGCUGCCACUUUAAAAGAGUACAGAUCUGUAGAUGACUGCAUUCUUUCUCAGGUAUUUAGCUAUAUUUUAGCCUUUAAUAGUCCUGGUAAGAGGCAGGAUGAAAGGUAAAUAAGUGAUAAGCAGUUGAGUGGGUUGUCACUUCUCUGAGUGUUUUCUAUUGACUCUGUGCUCUAAAAUGGAAUUGUAGGCAUGGUUUUGUCUCCAGUUGGUAUGGAGACUGGAUUGAUGUUAUAAUAUCCCUAUUUGCUUGUGAAGGAAACCUUUAAUAAUUGAGCUAACUACUUUUCUUAAUGUGGCUGAAGUUGAUAACAAAAGUUACCAGCAGAUGUAGCAGUGGAUGUUACCAUCCUGGAAGGGAACAGAAUAGAGUUUAUACAAAAGAUCAGAACAAAAGUCUGCCUCUGGUGAAUUUGUCUUGGGCAAAACUGAACUUGUGUGGUUAGAUUGAAAUGCAGAGCAAAACAUAUCUAUAGUUGAUUUCUCCCCUAUUCCUUUUCCAGUCAUGGUCAGGGCUUGUUAAUAACACAGUUACUGGUAUUUGACAAUUGCUAAAACUGUCCUCUUAAUUGUAGCAGGAUUGCCUACUGUGGUAUAGUAAUCACUAAGAUACCUUGCGUGUAAUUUUGUAGCCCAGAGAAGAGACAGUAAAUUAGCAACAAAAUGAAAUAUAAUUGCUCUCAUUUCAUUCAUGUCAGUGAGUGAGACUGGAAUAUAAAUUUGUGCUGGAGCACUGAUCCUCCACAGUAUUAUCAGCAUUUGAAGUAUAUCUUCUGAAACUACAUGCCACAAAUUACUUCGGUAGUGCCACCCAUGGAAAUGCCUGUCCCUUUUAUGAAAUGGAUCUAGACAGCUAUUUUUUUACACCUAGGAGUUCAUUCAAAAGAUACAUUUUUGUAAUUUUUAUUUGACAUUCUACUGAAAAAGAUACCCUGAUCAGAAAAUAGUUGCUUAUAUAUUUUAUUAACACUGGAAAGGAAUUCAGGUCAGAAGAUUGUGGUGUUUUUGCACCUUUUAAUUAUAUAUAUAAUUGCCAACAAAGGUCCGUAUAGUUAAAGCUAUGGUUUUCCCAGUAGUGAUGUAUGGAAGUGAGAGCUGGACCAUCAAGAAGGCUGAUCGCCGAAGAAUUGAUGCUUUUGAAUUAUGGUGCUGGAGGAGACUCUUGAGAGUCCCAUGGACUGCAAGAAGAUCAAACGUAUCCAUUCUGAAAGAAAUCAGCCCUGAGUGCUCACUGGAAGGACAGAUCGUGAAGUUGAGGCUCCAA